GAUCUUGCCGUCAGCGAAGGAAAAAGAAGUUUUUAUCGGAACUCUCGAUGUUCGUCCAUCCAGUCCAUCACUCCAUACCGAAUCCGCCAUCUUCUCGGUAAUCUACUGUCAUUUACGACUUAUUUAAUUUCUAUUGCCACGUUCAAUCUGCUUCCCGUGUACAUCGGUUGAUUAUUCCUACCUGCCAUGGCUAUUUGGGACUCGUUCAGCGGCCGCAAGGCGACCACAAACCAAGAUACCUUCGAUCCCAGUUCUGCACAAGAUGUGUCGUCCUUCCUGGGCCAGGCAUCCUUUCCAGACCCAUCUCAACUUCAUCCGCUUGCAGGUCUCAACCAGGACACGCUUGAUUAUCUCACACUAGAAGACUCUACGUUGGACGAGCUACCCGGCUCGCGGUCAGCUCUACCCUCCAGAGGCUGGUCUGAUGAUUUGUGUUACGGUACUGGAUCGACAUAUUUGGCCGGGCUCCUAAUAGGAGGAACAUGGGGAUUAGCAGAAGGCCUUCAACGAACGCCAGCUAGCGCUCCCCCCAAGCUGCGUCUCAACGGUGUACUUAACUCGAUUACUCGAAGAGGACCAUUCUUGGGAAACAGCGCGGGUGUCGUGGCUAUGGUCUAUAAUGGUAUCAACUCGAUGAUUGGGUAUACUCGUGGCAAGCACGAUGCUGCCAAUAGCAUUGUUGCUGGUGCUCUGAGUGGAAUGAUUUUCAAGAGUACCCGAGGCACAAGACCUAUGCUUAUUUCGGGCGGUAUUGUUGCUAGCAUAGCUGGAGCGUGGACUGUUACUCGAAAGGCCCUCUUCGAAUAAACAAACCUCCAUCGAAACGGAAAACUUCUUCGCAUCGCCGCUUAUCUUCGUUCUCAGCGUCGUAUUGCCAGCCGACAUUGAGUUAGUGAGACCUCUACUUAUAGAGUCCAUUUUCGGCAACUAACCCGCGCUUCAUUCUCGCGCAGUGUAUCAACAAAGUUCAUUUUGGAUUUUCAAUAACUCGGACCUACUUCUUCACUCCGGCGUCAGGGCUUAUUAUGAAUGUUUGGCAUCUCUUGAUGGGUUCAGACCGGAUAUGCUCAAUUGGAUUUGUAUUGUACAUAUAGAAACUUCCUUUUUUUUUUCUCUUCUGUUUCAUCUUAUGGUUGUUUCGUCUUCUCAUUUCAGCGGCUAUUUAUGUUAGCAUGGCGGUGACCGCAUGGUUAUUAGAUAAUACAUGUUGCAAUGAGCACAUAUCAGACAUCAUUACCCGUCGUUUCUAGGGCCAGGAUAAUAGAUCAAUGCCACAAUGAUUGAGCGCUA